UCACCACAUAGGCCGGACUGAACAACGUAUCAUUCAAGAUGCGGCGGCUGUGGUACCUGGCGGCCGUGAUCGCAAGCUGCCUCCUGGUACCAACCGAUGAAUAUGUUAUCGGUGAUAUUAUUGCAAGUACCAUGAUAGCUAAUAGCUUUUCGGUCCCCAUUGCCCUGUCGACCUACGCGCUUAUGAAGAUCACGCUGGGCCUGGGCAUCCUGGACGCCAUUUCGGACAAGGCGUCGCUCACCACGGCCGGGCUCGUCUCCGCGGCUGGCGUGCCCAUCCCCGCGCCGGGCCUCGCGCCAGGGCCCGUGUCCGUGCCCUCCCCGGAGGUCGUCUUCGGUCCACUGUUUGAGGGCGGGCAUGGUCACGGACCAGCGCCCGGGCACGGACAUGGACACGGACCAGCGCCCGGGCACGGACAUGGACUAGGGUAUGGACCAGCGCCUGGCCAUGGACCGGCACCUGGCCAUGGACCAGCACCUGGCCAUGGUCCGGCACCUGGCCAUGGACCGGCACCUGGCCAUGGACCGGCACCUGGCCAUGGACCGGCACCUGGCCAUGGACCGGCACCUGGCCAUGGACCGGCACCUGGCCAUGGACCGGCACCUGGCCAUGGACCGGCACCUGGCCAUGGACCAGCACCUGGCCAUGGUCCGGCACCUGGCCAUGGACCGGCACCUGGCCAUGGACCGGCACCUGGCCAUGGUCCGGCUCCUGGCCCUGGACCGGCCCCUGGCCAUGGUCCGGCUCCUGGCCCUGGACCGGCACCUGGCCAUGGUCCGGCUCCUGGCCCUGGACCGGCACCUGGCCAUGGUCCGGCUCCUGGCCAUGGUCCGGCUCCUGGCCAUGGUCCGGCUCCUGGCCAUGGUCCGGCUCCUGGCCAUGGUCCGGCACCUGGCCAUGGACCGGCUCCUGGCCCUGGACCGGCACCUGGCCAUGGACCGGCACCUGGUCCUGGACCGGCACCUGGCCAUGGUCCGGCUCCUGGCCCUGGACCGGCACCCGGGCAUGGGCCAGAAGCUGGGCGUGGGCAUGGGUCGGAGCCAGAACAUGGACAUGAUUUUGAGCCAGUUCUUGGGAACGCUCACGGUCUUGAACCUCCUCCUGAACAUGACCCGGGGCACGCAGCAUCCCCAGGGCACGCAGCAUCCCCAGGGCACGCAGCAUCCCCAGGGCCCGCGCCAGUCCUAUCGGAGGGCGCGGAGUUCCAUCCCCUGCACGCGGAGUUCUCGCACGCCGAGCCGGUGGCGAGACUCGACAACUAUCUCCCGCAACAAGAAAAUAAUUUCUAUCCAGGUCGGCCCUUCCAUCGUCCUUCAGAAGAGUCCCGAUAUCCUUCUGUUGUCGUCUACAGACCCUUCCCGAAGACAGACGGUCCUUCCGAGCGCGUGUUCCUUCCCCUUCCCUUGGACUACGAUCUGUCCGACAAUAGCUUCCCUCCCCCGAUGUUCCCGCCCGCACACGCCCACGCCGUCCACAAGAGAGCAGCCGAAAACGCCUCCAAGAUGAAGGACCUCCUCCUCGCGGCCGUCUCCCAGGUGGACACCGUCGGUUGCGCUCCCAAGAUCCUGUGCUACCUGCAGACGAAGAGCUCGAGCGAGUGGACGUUUGAGGAAAAGGCUUUACUCACCAUAAUCAGGAGGGGGCCUCUCCUUUUUUAUCAUGUUCCUAAACAUCCCCCAAAACGCAAGCUUAAACCAAGGGUUUUGCGACGGUUUUAA